GGCGUUGCCUCGGUCAGUAGUCAACACGUUCUCCUUCACAGGACUCCGUUGUCCCUCCCAAGUUUCGACCCAAGUUUCCAUCAACCGAUCGAUUCGAGUGUUGCUACAAUUCGUUCUGAUCAAAAGUAAGUGCGCGCGUGUGGUUCGUGUGUGUAUACAUGUGCCAUCAUCCGCGUGAGCGAUAAGCGGGAGAGAAGAGGACUCGGGCCAACAGAAGCCGGAACCAAAAAAUGGAUGCGACGUCACUGCGACUCAUUUCCGGACUGCUUUUGUUCGCCUACACCGCCUCACACUUCAGUCACGCCAACAAUGGACCCAAUUAUUACGGAAAAUUUAUCGGAAAACUGAAAAACUACGCGCAUGGAAUCAAAGGGGACGUAUACGCAGUGGACGACACGACGAUAUUCAUAAAAGGAUUCUGCUACGAUGGGACCGGACCGGACGCGUAUUUCUGGGUGGGGAACACUUCAACGCCCACGCCGCAGGGAUACAUCGUCCCGUAUCCGGAAAUGGAAAAGAUCAGGGACCCGGUGGUGCUCCAAUCGUACAACUACACAGACAUCAUUCUGAAGCUGCCUGAUGGGAAACGGAUACGGGACAUCAAAUGGCUGAGCGUUUGGUGUCGUCGAUUCACAGUGAACUUCGGUGACGUUUUCAUCCCGGCAAAUUUAAAAGUGCCGAAGGCAAGGGUGCUGCCAGAAUUCUCGAGGCUAGCCCACGGUCUACGUAGCGGGAACAUCACCAUUCUAGAUAGCAAAACUUUUUACAUUCCGAAUCUUCAUUACGAUGGCGCCGGCCCGGACGCGUAUUUCUGGGUUGGGAACGGGUCAGAGCCUACCACGUUUGGUAUCAAAGUGCCAAACGAGAGGAAAAGUUUGGCACCAUUGAAGGGCUAUCAAGGGGAAGACAUCGAAAUCGUUUUGCCGGGCAACUUGACGGUGCACGACAUUGACUGGUUGUCGGUAUGGUGCGUGCAAUACAAGCACAACUUCGGGCAUGUACUGAUACCUAAGGACCUCGAUGUUCCGCCUGCUCUUGGACAGACCAAAAUUACGCCGCCUUGGUGGUACGAUCCUACAAGCAGUACACCCUCACCGCCCCUGUCCAAACACGAGCUGACCAAUUGCAAGGAAAUGUUGGAGGGUCGUGUACAAGUCCAAUGGGAGAUGAUAGGAGACGACAUUCAGAUCAGAGUGUCUGGCCGGAUCAGGGAGGACCAGUACGUUGCGUUCGGUUUAUCCGGCCGAGAGGGAAAGUCAGAGAUGAUCGGUGGCGAUGUGGUGGUGGUCGCUUACAACAACAGGACCGAUAAAUUCAUCGCCGAGGACUAUUAUAUGUCGGAUUACGCGCAGUGUGAUGGGAAUAAGGGCGUGUGUCCGGACGAAAGGAUUGGAGGGAAGAACGACGCCGUUCUUGUGCAUGGAGAACGAAAGAACGGAGUGACGACAGUUACUUAUAUGAGACCGAUGAGCACGAACGAGCCAGUGAAGGACAAAAUGAUCCCAAAUACAGAAACGAGCGUGAUCGCUGCAAUAGGACCUCUGAAUUUGAGAGGAGAAGCCAAUGCUCAUCAAAGCUUCGACAAGACGACCGAGGACAUCCGUAUUGAUUUUACGUCGAGAAAUGUGCACGAGUGUACAAAUUCCCUCUACAAUCUCCCGGACAUGUCUGACAUCAAACCCUGGCCCGUAGCCGUAAUCACCAACGAAACUACGUUCAGUGCUAGGAUCGGGCCUGCUGGUGGGAAAAGGGGAUACACGAGAAUUACAGGACAACCUGCUUGGGGAAUCGCGUGGUACAUCAACGAUUUGCUCAUCCCAGAAAUCACGGUGGAAAGAGGACAAACAUAUAUAUUCAUAGUGGAGGGUGGAAAUGAUCCAGCUAAUCCAGCCAGGUACCAUCCAUUUUACAUCACCACCAGUCCAGAGGGUGGAUUUGGUCAAAAAACUGAGGAUGAACAAAAGGCGCAAAAAGUGUUCGCAGGAGUAAAGUACGAGGAUGGAUAUCCCUAUCCAACCGCGGCUGGCCGCUAUUGCGAAUGGGUUCACAAGACGGUGGAUAUGAGUGCGGAUAUGGAGACCUUUGAAAAUUUCUUUGAAACCCUUAGACUCGAGUGUGACAAGGGUGAACCGGCGAAACUUGUUUGGACCGUGACCGAAGAUACUCCAGAUUUAGUUUAUUAUCAGUGUUACACGCACAAUAACUUGGGCUGGAAAAUACACGUUGUCAACAGCGCACACACGGCCGUAUUGUCGAUGGUCACGACGACGUUUGUCGUUAGUAUGUUAAAAUUCAUAAGAUGAAUUAACCUUAUUAAAUAUCGUUUA